CCCCUCUCCUUUCCCUUCUCCGUGAGCCCACCUCUCUCUCCCUCUCUCAAAACAACAACCGCCAUUCUCUUGGAAAUGCCUGCAUUGUCUACUACCUUCUCUAACAGCUUCAUCUGAAAUGCUUGGAAGAGAUCCUACCAUUGCAGAACUCUCUCACUGGGUGCUGUUGGGUUGUUUUGUUUCCAUGUGUAAGUCUCGAAAGAAAGGUUUCUGAUGGAAUUAUAGACAUUUGAGCAUCUUUUGAGGUGAUAAAAAAUCCUCCCAUUUUACAAAUCAGUGAGAUUUUGGUCUUAUGUAAAGAUGUCGACAUAUGCACCAUGUUUCACCACUCCAUCUGACAGCCGGAAUUCAGUCGGGGUCUUGGCUGUUUCCGGAGGGUGGGUCGUAGAGGAGAAUCGAGCGGGCAGAUUUAGCUCUCUGAGAAUGGUCGAUGGUGUCAGGCAUAAAAUCGUUUCUAGUUCUCAGCGUUUUAGUUGUUCUGCAAAUUCUCACAGUGUCAGCCGUCAUCAUAAUAAAGAUCCUUUCUUGAAUUUGCACCCGGAAGUUUCUAUGCUCCGGGGAGAGGGGAAUGACAUGGUUAUUAAUCCGAGAAAGGAGAGCUCAGACCGCAGUAUCACCGAGAACUUGAGUGACUCGUCUGUUCCAAAUAAUUACAAUGAGGCCAAAAUCAAAGUUAUCGGUGUUGGUGGUGGUGGCUCCAAUGCUGUCAAUAGGAUGAUAGAGAGUUCCAUGAAGGGCGUUGAGUUUUGGAUAGUUAACACAGAUGUACAGGCGAUGAGGAUGUCACCUGUGUUUCCUGACAAUCGUUUGCAAAUUGGCCAAGAGUUAACUAGAGGUCUUGGUGCUGGUGGGAACCCUGAUAUUGGCAUGAAUGCUGCCAAGGAAAGCAAAGAGUUAAUAGAGGAGGCUGUUUAUGGUGCCGAUAUGGUUUUUGUGACAGCUGGAAUGGGUGGGGGAACUGGCACAGGUGGUGCUCCAGUGAUUGCAGGAGUUGCAAAAUCGAUGGGCAUCCUGACUGUAGGAAUUGUUACAACCCCCUUUUCUUUUGAGGGACGAAGGCGGGCUGUUCAAGCACAGGAAGGAAUUGCAGCUUUGAGAGACAAUGUUGACACACUGAUUGUCAUCCCAAAUGACAAGUUGCUGACUGCUGUUUCCCAGUCUACACCUGUGACAGAAGCAUUCAAUUUGGCUGAUGAUAUACUUCGACAAGGUGUUCGUGGUAUCUCUGAUAUCAUUACGGUUCCUGGUCUGGUUAAUGUUGAUUUCGCCGAUGUUCGAGCUAUUAUGGCGAAUGCAGGUUCCUCUCUAAUGGGGAUAGGAACUGCAACAGGCAAGACAAGGGCACGAGAUGCUGCAUUAAAUGCAAUUCAGUCACCGCUACUUGAUAUUGGCAUUGAACGAGCUACUGGCAUUGUUUGGAAUAUUACUGGAGGAAGUGAUUUAACUUUGUAUGAGGUAAAUGCUGCGGCUGAAGUGAUAUACGAUCUUGUCGAUCCAAGUGCAAACUUGAUAUUUGGAGCUGUGAUAGACCAAUCACUCAGUGGUCAAGUCAGCAUAACUCUGAUCGCUACUGGAUUCAAGCGCCAAGAUGAAGCAGAAGGCCGACCUCUGCAGGGAAGCCAUCAGCUAGGGCAUGGAGACGCCAACGUUGGAAUCAACCGACGCCCAUCCUCUUCCUUCACUGACGGUGGUUCCGUUGAGAUUCCUGAGUUCCUCAGAAAGAAAGGGCGUUCACGCUUUCCUAGAGCUUGAGAUAAUUCUUUCUUUCUUUUUUUUCUUUGUAGUAAUAUCUUGUUCUUUUCUCUUUUUUCCCUAUGCUUCUCUUAUGUAGAUUGAAAAUCCCAUCCCACUCAUCUGAAACACCUCUUAGAGGAGAUUCAAAUGCCGUAUACAGUGGGAUUCUUUCUUGUUUUAAAUAAUCCCCCUUUGCUUUUCA